ACCAUCCAUCCAGCACCUCGUACUAACCCACGACCCAACGCACACAGGACCAUAACGCUCCCGCUCCCGACCGCGCGCCUGGCGCAAACGCUCUCGCGCAGUCUGGCGGUAGACGAGGAGCUCUCGCCGCUGGUGCGGCGCGAGUUCACGACGGCCGACUCGACGCUGCACGUGCACUACAAGGCGACCACGGCGCGGAUGCUGCGCGUCGCGACGAACGGCGUGUUCGAGAGCUUGGGAACACUGCUGAGGGUUUGCGAAGAGCUUGAUGUCGGCAUUAUGGCUUGA